AUGGACGACACAAUAUACUCGACAAGUACACAGCACAGACUAUUCACCUUCACGCCAAAGCAACUCUCCGACCUGCGCUAUGCCACCAACAAAGUCGCGACUGAGAAGAUUACAGAAUCGAUAAAGCGACGGGCGGCUGCAACGGGGAUUGUCGAGUCGGGGGUUGAAGAGAUCGAUUGCCCGACAGCGGAAGAGGAGUUGAAGCUCGUUGCAUAUUACUGCGUGAAGUGUAUGCAAUUAUCAGAUCACUUCCAGUUUCCCAGUAACGUCAAGGUAUACUCCCCCCCAACCCUCCCCCCUCCCCCACUACUACAGAGAUAAUUGACAUAAAGCUAUAGGCGACGGCUCUGACAUUCCUCCACCGCCUGUACCUGACAACCUCCACCCUCACCCUGCACCCAAAAAAACUCCUAUUGCCGAUCUUAUACCUAGCAACAAAGACAGAGAACCACUACACCCCCAUAAAAUCCUUCAUAGAUGCGGCCGCGACGGCGGGUCCCAAAGUGACGAAAGAAGACCUCCUGGACCCCGAAUUCACAAUAGCGAUGGGCCUACGCUGGGCCUUUCAGGUCUGGCACCCCUUCCGUGGCCUGGAGGGCAUAUUCCUGGAACUCAACGCUAUAGCAGCGGGCCACUACCAACCGCCCAAACCAAAAGAGAACCUCGUCCUGCCUGCUGCUGAGGCUAAAGUCACACUUCUAGAGCUCUUAGCGGGGGACAUGGACAGGAUCGGACGAGCGCACGGGGAGGCGAGAAGGCUGCUAACCACCACGGCCCUCCUGACGGACGUCUACUUCCUCUACACCCCACCGCAGAUCAGCUUUGGCGCCUUCCUGGAGGCUGACAGGGAGCUCGCUACUUUCUACCUCGACAUCAAGUUCCCUGAGAGCGACCUGGCCGGGGGAAAGGCCAAGGCGAAGCUCCUGGGCGUGCUGGACGAGAUUGCCAAGAAUCACCUCUCCGCUGGCCUGUCCGGGGAGUCGAAAAAUCCAUAUCAGGGCUUACUCCUCCAGUUGCCGCAGAACGGGAUUACAACUUCCCUCGCUAUGUCUGUGGACCCUGGGCUCGUCAAGGAGGUUACCAGGAUCGACAAGAAGCUCUACCGCGUCACUAAGAGGGAUCAAGAUAGUGCUGGGAAGAAGAAGCCAGAGGAGGGGAAUGCGAACGGCGGUCAGACUGGUAACGGGAAUGGCAGCGGAAACGGAAAGUACGACGAGGACGAGGAACGGCGUGCCAAGAAGCGCAGGCUAGAGAGGGAAAAGGCGGAGCGCGAGGGGGAUGUUUUCGGCGCUAGUCUGUCGGAUGUCAAGACUGCGGGUGCGGGGUCUUUUUAG